AUGUACCGCCAUUUCCGUGCUGUUUGUACGACUGGCGUGAAAGGUGCUAGAUAUUCUACGCAGCCUAUCAGGGAUAUACGAACUUCCAGUCUUGUUCCGCUGAUUGAAGUUACCAAACCUAAGUUUUCCUCGGAGGCCACUCACUUGAGAGUUGUACACGAGACUCUGGAAGCUAAAGGAGUGGUUCAAUUGGCCUUGGGGUUCAGCGAUGAAAAAAGCGUCUAUCUGCAGAGACUUAUUACCAACUUCCACAAAAGCCAUGGUCAUGGUCUUCCGAUAACCCAUAGUGCCGAACGCGGCUGGUUUUGGGAUGUUCGGCCCUCUCCAUCGGCCUUCCAAAGCCACGGGCACCAAGCCCGCUCAGAGACAAUGUCUCGAUUUGAUUGGCACACCGACUGCAGCUAUGAGGAAUGUCCGCCGCGAUACUUUGCUCUUCAAGUCAUUCAACCGGAUCGCUGUGGGGGUGGAACUUUGUCGAUACUAAACGUCGACCGACUCCUCGCCUUACUCUCCCCUUUCGCACAGAAAUGGCUGUCUAGCAAUAACUACAAGAUCACUGUCCCUCCUGAAUUUCUCAAGAAAGUGGGAGAGCAGUAUAUUGUUAGCAACUUGCUCGCAGUGAAGCCGGAGGGAAAAGGUGGCAGUCAAUUACGAUUCCGGCAUGAUAUCACUAUACCGUUAACUCCCAACGCUGCUAAGGCGCUAGACGAACUCAAGGAGAUUCUGUAUGGAGAUAGAGCCGAGGAAUGGACUAUCCAUCUUGAAUCCAAGAGCCUUCCUCGGGGGUCAAUAGUUUUGAUGGAUAAUCGACGAUGGCUGCAUUCUCGGAGUGAAGUCAAGGACCCCAACCGUCAUCUCCGACGAGUCCGAUGGGAUGCGAGACCAUUCGGAUCGCACAGCGCAUGA